CACGACAGCGGACGAGACAGGUGCUUGUGCCUUAGUUUUGUUAAAAAAAAAAAUGUCAAAUGGAUGUGUUUUGGUGACAGGAGGAGCCGGUUUUGUUGGCACCCAUUCUGUAAUAGAAUUAAUUAAUGCAGGAUAUUCUGUUGUUGUUGUCGACAACUUUGUUAAUGCUAGUCAUGAAAGUUUGAAAAGAGUUGAAGAAAUAUGUGGUACAAAAAUCCCAAUCUUCUCCGUAGAUUUAACUGACAAACAAGCUUUAGCAGAUUUGUUUAAAAAGCACAAGUUUACCAGCGUCAUACAUUUUGCUGGUUUGAAAGCUGUGGGAGAAUCGUGUGAAUUACCACUACUUUACUACAAAGUCAAUAUAGGAGGAACAACAAAUUUACUAGAGGUUAUGAAAGAAAACAACGUUAAGAACCUGAUAUUUUCAAGUUCAGCUACAGUAUAUGGUACACCAGAAUAUUUACCCUUAGAUGAGAACCAUCCAACAGGGGGAUGUACAAACCCAUACGGCAAAACUAAAUACUUUAUAGAAGAAAUAAUGAAAGAUCUGUGUAAAUCAGACCCUGAAUGGAACAUUGUUAUUUUGCGUUACUUCAAUCCAGUAGGUGCUCACAAAUCAGGGAAGAUUGGAGAAGACCCUAAAGGUGUUCCAAAUAACUUGAUGCCAUAUUGUGCUCAGGUAGCUGUUGGAAAGAGGAAGGAGAUAAAUGUUUACGGCAAUGAUUAUGACACACCAGAUGGCACUGGAGUUAGAGACUAUAUACAUGUUGAAGAUUUAGCAAUUGGACAUGUUGCAGCACAGAAGAAAAUAGAAGAAUGUUGUGGUCUUAAGAUAUACAACUUAGGAACAGGACAAGGAUAUUCUGUGUUGGAUAUGAUUAAAGCAUUAAGUAAAGCUGCAGGAAAACCAGUACCCUACAAAAUAGCAGAGAGAAGAACGGGUGAUAUAGCAUCAUGUUAUAGUAAAACAGACUUGGCUACUAAAGAACUUGGAUGGAAGGCAACACGAGGUUUGGAUGAAAUGUGUGAAGACUUAUGGAGAUGGCAGACCAUGAAUCCUGAUGGUUUCAAUUCAAACGGACCUAAAAGUUAACACAUAAAUUUGUUAGCAAACCCUAGGUGCUAGAAGCUAGGACAAUUAUCUGUGAUCAUAAGGGGAAUGAUUUCUCAUGUAGUCUAGGUUUAAUUUGGUAUUAAUUUAAUGGUUAGUGUUCAUUGGAAGUACAAAUGUUUCAGUGUAUCUUCAUGGGAGAAAAUGUAGAAUAGCUGUAACUAUAGUCAUAUGUAACCUGGGAAACUUCUUGUAGUCAUAGUUAGGGACAAAAAUAAUCUUUAAUUUGGGAUCUCUUAACUUAAAUAAUUUGCUAACAAAAUUGUAUGGGCUUUUAUGUUUAAUAAUUAUGAAAGUAUUACUAUUAUUCCCCACUUUAAGACAUGUGACAAGUUGACACAAAUGGAUGAUAGUUACUUUUUUUUUAUAAAACAUUUAUGUAUUAAUUGAGGGCUUCCUUAACUUGUUAUAUUCCAUUUGCAACCAAUUAUUAUAUUUCAAUCACAGUUAUUAACCAUGAUUUCAGUAUUGAGGUAUGCAUAUAUAUAUACUAACAUUGUUUUGUAAACUGGUUUUAAUUUAACAGAAAUAUAUUAUGUGAUAUUAUAUUUUGUUCCUAUGUAAAUGUAUAUGAAUACAAGUCCUAACCAAUCUAGCUUAGUGUCAUGUUUGUUGACAAUCAGUUUAUGUAUGUUAUCACUUCAUGAAGUCCCUAUUUUAUUAAUUUGGGGGUUUAUGUGUCUUAUCCUUGGUUUUGGGAUAUUUCAGUCCCUCUUUACAUUUUUUUGUUCCAAAAUUUCUGUUUUAUUGAAUGUAUAUUUCUUUAUUUUUUCCGUCCCUCUGAAAUUUGUUCCGAUAUGAAGACCUUUAUUACAGAUCUAAUUUUUUGAAACUCUUAAAGUCUGUCUUUUUAUGUUUCUUUAAGAUUGGACAAGCAUUAUGACAUUUCCUGCAACUAUCAUACUUACCCAAAUUUGAUGCAACUUUUUUAUGCAAUGUUAUCAAAAAUUUAAGAUUUGUUUUCUUGCUGGUACGCUCUGUAACUAUUGAUUAUUACCAACUGUCUAACUGGAAAUAUGUUUUUUUUUUUUUUUUUUAAAUAAUUGAAGGUUUGUUAAAUCUACGCUAAUUCUCAACGAUAGUAUUGUUGUUAAAGGUUCACAAAAUUGAUAUACAAAUAAAUAAUAUGAAUAUCUGACAACUAACAAACUUAAUAUUUUAACCACUAUUGUUUACAAUCUGUUAGAAUUAUUUGUAGCAGACAACAACAUGUCACAAGGAAAAAUCAUUAUUGCUGAUUAACAUAAAAUUAUGACUAAAAACUUCUCAUUGUUUUAUUUAUAUUUUUUCAUUUAGAAAUUUUUAUUAUAAGUGACAUGUCUACUAGUAAAUAGUGCCCUAUGAUAAUCGCUCUGUCUGUUUGUCUGCAUUUUCACAUCAUAGUGAAGUCAAGAUUGCUUCAAUGAUGUCCUUCAUUUUUAUACACAAUAUGAAACCCUGUAAAAGGUGGAAUUUGGUCAAAACUUAGUCAUUUGUUAUAAGAUCAAUUUUGAGACAGAUCUUUUUGUUCUUGGAUUUCAACUAAAAUUGGUAUACAGCAAUAAUUUUAAUAAGCUAUUUGAAAAUGAUAUGCAGGUACCAAAAAUAUUAAAAAAUUCUGUAAUUAACUAAUUUCCUGUUAAAAAAAAUCACAAAUUGAGAAAUGAUCUUAGGCUCAAGAAAAAAAUUAUAACAAUGAUUUUCAGUGUCAAAAUAGGUUGAAAAGUUAAUUAUUGAGACGGAUUUCAAGGAAAAUUCACAUCAGUAUAACUUGCAUUUCAAUUUGAUUUUUUUGCCUGAGGUCAAAAUUAUUGUUAAACACUUUUGUUUUUUCGGUAUGUUAAAAUUUUGAGACACCUAUGUUUUUUGCUUGGAUUUGAUAUGAUAUUCCAAAUUAAUUCCUUGUGUUCAAAAUUGUAGGUUGCUCUCCAUUUGGCUGCAAAAAUACAUGAAGUUUGGAUUUUAACAAUUUUUUUAUUUAUGAGGAACACAUCCUGAUCAAAUUCUUUACAUUAAAAUUGAUACCCAAUGAAUAUGAAUAGUUUUGUUUGCUUCAGUAUUAAUUAUUGGAUUUUGUGGCUCACACAAAAGGGUGCAAGAGGAGUAUUUGCUGUCAUUAACUUAAAACUUUGUACACAUGUUCAUUAUAAAGUGAAAUUUCAAAUAUAUAUGACAUGUAUAUGCAAAAUUAGGGUUGUGACAAAGAUUUCAGAGUUCACUGAAUAAUGAUACAAGAUAGUGUGACUUGAGUUUUGUGUCCUAUGGACACAUAUUCUUGGUUGUUUUUUUCUUAGUUUUGUGCAUUUGAGAGACAAAUGUUUUACUGUAGCUUGGUUUGUCUAUUUUAAUCAAAACUUUUCCAUAUUUUGAUAGUAAUUAUACUUACUGAUAAAUGUACAAUACUGUGGAUUCAUUUAUUUUCGUGGGUACCAGUUUUCUGUGGAUUUAAUAUAGAAAUUUUACAUGUUCGUGGUUAUUUAAUUUCGUGGUUUUGCAAAAAUCUGCAUACAAUCCUAUAGACAUUUUUUUUAUUCGUUGAACAUUUAGUUUCGUGAUUCACCUUUACCCACGAAAUCCACUAAAAUUGGUAUCCUACGAAUAAUACUGAAUCCACAGUACUCAAACAUUUUUUGGGGGCAAACUUUACAUAUUUAAUGAUAACAUUUAAUACACAUUCAUUUUCUUUUUAAUACUUCCUUUUUAUAUGUCAGAUAUAGCUUUAAUACACCAGCUCUAUUACACCAGUUAUGAAUUAUACUAAAUGUUUUGUUAUGAAAUGCGUUUAUUGAUUUGCCAGUUUUGUUUUGAACGACCACCAAGUUAUGCAAUUAUAUGGAUAUUUUGUUAUUAUAGUAUGGGAUACAUUAUUCUAGUAUAUUAUAUUGGGAUACAUUAUGUUAUUAUAGUAUAUGGAGACAUUGUGUUAUUAUAUAGUAAAGGGAUACUAUAUUUUUGUUUUCUGUUGGACAUUAGUGUUUCAGGUGCAUAAGCAAAAAUGUUCUGUAAUAUAGAUUAAAAUAUUUGUAAUUUGGCAUUAACCCGGAAACUUACCAAGUUUUAUUCAAUAUUAUUUUUCAUGGUAAUCUCAAAAAGGAAGUUUUUUAUAUUCCUGUCAUAGAUUGGAUGUAUUAUGGUUUACUGUUUAUAAUCAAUGAUAUAUAAUAAAUAAUCAUAAUCAUGUUAUUCAGGGUGUUUGCUAUUCAGGUUUUUUUUUUUUCUUCUAUAUUGUGGAGCCUGGCUUGUGUUUUCCUAGGAUAAAUAUUGUAAUGCUUCACUCUGUAUCUUAUGUAGCUCCUCUUGUGUUUUCCUAGGAUAAAUAUUGUAAUGCUUCAUUCUGUAACACCUGUAAUUUUUUAUAUUUCUUUGAAUCUUCUUUAUCAAAAACAUGUCUGGUCAAAUAUUUGAAAAUUGAUUUAUUUCAUCAACAAAAAUUCAUGUAGUUUAAUGUUCAUUUCAUCCGUUAGAUAAAGAUAAAAUUUGUUUGUCAGGAGUUUGAAUUUGAAUGAUUAUAUGACACACAAAAAGUUACAAAGGCAUACAUAAAUUUUCCAUUUCAUUUACUGCUAGUUAUUAUAUAUUU